GAUUAGUGUUGAGAAUGCAAAGCUCUCUAUUCCUUUUAAAGUGGGGCACUUUCAGCUUUUUUUUCUGAAUGAUAGGAGUUCGGAGCAAAAGGAGCUAAAAGUCUAUGAUUUCAGAAUGGAGGCAACAUGUCCCUGUGAGAUUAUGGGAAGGCUACAGAUGAGCAAAAGGAGCUGCUGAAGAAACCAUACUGAAAUGGGACUUACUUGCAAAAAUUGUCCUUUCUGCAGGAUUCUAUGAAUGCAUGGGUUAUCACUGAUGCAAAUACACAGAUGUGCUGCCAAUCACUCUCAAAGGAACAUCCAGCUUUCAGCAAAUAGAAAGAAAGUUUGUAGUUCUAAGACCUCUUCUCUGUCUUUGAUAAUGCACCAUUCAAACGCUGCCGAACGCUUCUCAGUCUCCAGCCAAGGAACCAGAGUGGCUUCAGCAGCUCCUUCAAUGUUAUCCUCAAUCCAACCAUUGUCUACGCCCAAAUGUUCUUUUAUGCACCUCCCCCCGGGCUCUUUAACCAACACACCUGCACGUCUUCACUACUCCAUGCCAUCUUGCCAUUAUGGGAGCCAACAAUCUGCAUAUGGGGUGAUGGCAGAUGGGUUGGCUCCAUGUCUGUACAAACUGCCUGACCACACGCUGAGCACGGCUUCCUGCCCUCUGGGACAUGGAUUUGCCCCGAUUCAUCAGUCAGUCCUGAGCGAAGAAUCCAUUGUCAUCGAUCUCAAACAGGAGUACCGAAAAAAGAAUAAAACACCUGAGGAGCCAGUUAGUUUGGAUACACCAGAAAUCAAAGAGUUGGAGCUGUUUGCGAAUCAAUUUAAAGUGAGGAGAAUAAAGCUAGGUUACACUCAAACUAAUGUUGGUGAGGCUCUUGCUGCUGUGCAUGGUUCAGAGUUCAGUCAAACAACUAUUUGCCGCUUUGAAAAUUUACAGCUCAGUUUCAAAAAUGCUUGUAAGCUCAAGUCAAUUCUUUCCAAAUGGAUAGAUGAAGCAGAACAAGCAGGAGCUUUAAAUAAUGAAAGAACUGGAAUAAAUGAAAGAAAAAGAAAGCGAAGAACUACAAUCAGCCUGCUGGCUAAAGAAGCCCUGGAGACACACUUUGGACAUCAAAGUAAACCUUCUUCACAGGAGAUCAUACAGGUGGCAGAUAGUCUAAAUCUGGAAAAAGAAGUUGUCAGAGUCUGGUUCUGUAACCGUCGGCAGAGAGAGAAGCGAGUGAAGACAAAUCUGCACCACAAUUCAUUUCAGUUUCCUUUCAAAGAACAGCAUGAUUGUAGAUAAUUAUUAACUAAAGCAUUGGAAAACAUACAGAAACUAAUGAAUCGGAAUAUAUUUAUAAAAUAAACAAUUAUUGCUCAUUUUGGUCAAACGAUCUUUCUUCAUCUGAGGAAAUAGGUCACAACCUUUUACUGACUGCUUUAAUUUUUGGAGAUUUCAGUACUUCUCUCAAGUACCUUGCCAAAGUGACCACACUAAUGUGUGAGCCUCUAAACAGAGUGCUGCUGAUUCUUCUCACUAAAGUUGAUGGUGAGAGCAGUGACGUAUUAUCUUAGUUCAAACUCUUUCACCCUGCAGAAAUACCAAAUUUCCAGAGAUGAAAUACUGGCAUAAAACACAGAAGCCACUUGUGGCAAUUUUGUUGCUAUCAGUUAACUCAAUAGUCUGGAUACCAAACAAUUAUUCUGAUUUUGCAUCUCAGCUAUUCAUCAA